AUGAACCACAUUCCCCGUCUAUCAGAAGUCCUGUAUGUCGGACUGUGUCAUAAGAUAGGGACACCGACAGAAGUGGCUAUCAGAAGAGACGUAAAGGACAUUUAUGAGAUGAUAGAGAAAACUGUUACCAUUCAUACAGGAUAUGUUAUGAUUAAGAGUGGUAGUUAUAGAGAGGGGUUUAGGUUGACAACUUCUGACAUUGAUCAGAUGCAUUGGUUUUGUGAUUAUAAAUUAAUAACUGACACAGCCCAGUCUCAGCUUUAUAAUACAUCAAAAAAUAUAUUUGUGCUAAUGGAAGAUUCUCAUACACCGCCAGGAUUUGUCAGAUUACGCCUCCUGACGCAUCCACGACACGAAAUCGCAAUAUCUUCUAUUGUUUUCUGUAACGAUGGUACGUAUAUGUCAAGUCGUCUGUGGAGAGAAUAUUAUUUUCAAGCCUUGCAUAAGAAAGGCAUCAACCUAGAAAAAUUAAAAAUUCAUGGUCCUUGUGCUAGUAGUAGUUCGUCUGGAGUUAUUGAAUUCGAUGAUGCCUGUUGUCUAGCAUCUUUUACUUGGCCUAAACUAAUACGAAGUUGGAUUGAGAGAUGCCAGAGACAUACCUGGCCUUCUGCAUUUGUGUUGGAAAAAAUUUUAAAAAAUGAAUGUCACUGUAUGCCUAUUGGGAGUAAAUUUGAAUCGCCUUAUAAUGAUCUGGAAUGGAGAUUAUCGUAUUCCCGAGCUGAAGAGCAACUAGUGUGUUCCAUGAAUCAUACACAAUUUUUAUGUUACGGGAUCUUGAAAAUAUUUCUGAAGGAGGUUAUCAAUUUCAGGGUGGAACCACUUCUGUGUUCAUAUUUCAUGAAGACCACAAUGUUCUGGAUGAUUCAAUUAGGUCACAUUAAAUGGUUUCCGGAUAAUUUAAUAGAUUGCUUUUGGAAGUGUUUCAAAUAUCUCAUACAUUGUGUUUAUCGAGAAGAUUUUCCAAACUUUUUUAUUCCACAGAACAACAUGUUCAUGAACAAAAUUGUUGAUGAUGCACGUGAAUCUCUUUUACAACAGCUUUAUCAGUAUUACAGAAUAGGUGUGUCCUGUUUACUUCUGAGUCCGACUCUCAAGUCAAUUCUAGAACCAGCUCUCAGUAGCCCGUCUUUAGAAAUAUCUGCUGCUGAGGGAGAAAUUAUAAGUAUAGCAGAUUCAGAUAUUUGUGGCAUGACUGAAAUAUUCAAAUCAUCUUUUUCUUCUCAAUAUAUAUGGGAGUCUUAUCUUUAUCUAAAAUUAAUCAACACACUAUCUCGGUUUUUACUCACACCGUACCAGUUGUUAACAUUACAGUACUGUACUGCUCAGUCUCUUGUUAGUUUAGCCUUCAAAAUGGCAAACAGUACCUCAUGUUACACACAUAAAAACAUCUAUAACUUAGAUACAAUAAUUUGUGGCAUAUUGAGAAUGGCAGCAAGAUUAGGUCCUGUGUCUGUCUUAUUAUAUUUGUCAUUGUAUUAUUAUAGAACGGGGAGAUUUGAUAAAACACUGCAUACCACUUAUAUCACUAAAGAAAGACUAUCAAAGACCUUUAUUUUGUAUAAUGAAAAUGUUGAUAGGCAAUUGUACAAUGAAGCUGUAGGAAAUCGGUCUUUGUCUCGAAGAAUGAAGAUAGCCUGGGUACACCAUGUGCUUUCAUUUACAAAUACUCCAUGUAUUGAAGAAUUAUGUUUAGAACAGUGUGUGAGUCAACAUGAUGGAGUGCCAUUUUUUAGCGUAUCACCGUUUGUUAUAGUAGAGAUGUUGUCUGUUUUAUCUCACUAUAGACUAGGUAAUAGAUCUCAGUGUUUACAGUCACUUACAGACCUACAGACACUGCUGAUCUAUGAUGACGGGACAUAUGUGCCUUUACAAGAAAGAGACCUAUCCUGGCAGAUACUAGGAAUCUGUCAACAAGUUGUGGGAGACUUACACGGGGCUUUACAGUCUUAUGAAGAGUCGCUCAAACAGGAACCAUUCCACAGAAUAAAAGAAGCUACAGACUUUAGAAUAAAAUGUGUUAAACAACAAUUACAGAGAAAUGGACAGGUGUAAAGAUAGAUUUCUUGAUGUUUCUAUCUUAACUUAAAGAACUGUAGAGGUAUUUGUACGACAAAAACACAGAUAAAACGUAACUGUGUGGAGAUAAUAUGCCCUGAAACUAAAGUAUACUGGAAAAAUGUAAUAUGUUUAUAUGAUAUAUAUUGAGAAUACGUCUUCAAAAGCUAUAAAACUACGAAAGAAUUCUAUAUUUGCAUCAACUGAAUAUUUUUUCUAUUAUUUCUUAUGAUGAUUAUUAUAACCACUUCCUUUAAUCAUUCUUUUAACGCUGACCGGUUAGACCGGUUUUUAAGUAGUUGGCUCAUCAAUAUACCAUAACGUACAGAUCAAUAAUACAAUAUAUUUUACAUACA